UAAUAUAUGCCGGUAUUUGUUGCGCAUAAAAAAUAAUAUCAAGUUUUUAUAAAUACCAAGUCCAGCAAAUCCAUUAAUUUCUUGAUUGUCUAUAAAGUUUUUUAUGAUCUUUUCAAUUAUAAUAAAAAAAUAAAUAAUUAUUAGUAUAAAUAAUAACUAAUUAUUGUAUGACAUCAUAAUAAUUAUUUUAUUAUUUAUUCUUAAGGCGCAAACAAUGGCAGAGAGAAACGCAACUGGAAUACAAAAUGAAGAUUGGAGUAAACUAAUUUGGCGUAUUAAAGGACUUCAGCUCAUGAAAGCUCAAAAACUGCCAGAAACUGACGAAGGCAGAGUAAAACUAGCAAUUGAUUUUCUGCAGAUAAAUCAAGACAUACUAGUAAUCAAGCCUGAAUCCAAAAGUUCAGCCAAAGCAUUCGAGAUGAUAAAUGACGCAACCAAACAAAUAUCAAAGUUACCCUAUAAAUCAUUACUUACACUGUACACUAAAGGGUUAGCUUACUCUCCUGAAAAUUCCGAAGCAAUGGCUAAAGCUUAUGCCAAUCGAUCAGCAAUACUCUGUAACGAACGAUUGUAUGAGGCGGCACUGGAUGACGUUGGCUCAGCACUUGAGAUCGGUUAUCCAGACAAUUUAAAAGCUAAACUUUAUGUACGCCGAGCAAAAGCUGUGAUAGCACGUUUUCCAGAUACACUUCAUGGUGUUGAUAAUUGUUUGAAAGAAGCUCAACUUUGGUCUGAAAAAAUGGACCCAGAGAACAAGAAAAAAACUCAAGCUGCUAUUCAAAAACUUAAAGUAAAUAAAUCAGUACCAGCACCACGUGAAAUUUGGUUUCCUUCUGAGUAUCUACCUAGUACACCACAAGGCAAUUCUAAGAUACUCCAUGCAAGCAGUGCUAUUGCAUUGGAAUAUUCUAAAAAAUUUGGCAGACACGUUGUAGCAACACGCGAUAUACAAGCUGGUGAUACUCUAUCUGUCCAUCGUUCAUACGCAUCAGCACUCUACCCAGAAAAUAUUUACAGCCAUUGCUGGCAUUGCUCUAAUAAAAUGUGGAAUCCUAUACCAUGUAUGUCGUGCGUUGAUGUUGUUUUUUGCGACGAGCUGUGCCGUACAACUGCGUGGAAUAAGUAUCACGAUAUUGAAUGCAAACUUGUUGGAGUAAUGCGCCGUGCUCAUAUGUGUCUUGGGGAGACUAUUGCUUUGAAAAUAUUGCUGAAGGCUCUGAAAGAAACUGGUAGUAUUGAUGGACUCAGAAAUAAAAUAAAAGAUAUUAAAUCUAUUUCUGAUCCACUCACUCGCCUCUUUACUGAUGGUAAAUUUGAUGACACAAAAUACGCAAGUUUUUAUUCAUUGAUGCGAUUACCUAUUGACGAAAUAACUUCCGUCGAAUACGCACUGAAAGCCGCUGGGUUGACGUAUUUCAUAGCAGCACUUACUGAUAUAUUUGGUCGUAAAAUAAAUAAUUACACAGAUUUAUUCAAAAAUGAGGAUGCUUUGUUCAUUGCUCAAUUAAUUUAUCAUCAUCAGGUUCUUGGUCGUACCAACACAGCUCAGAUUGAAAUAGAAAAUGAAGUAGGAGAAGACAUCAGAGUAGAAGGAGUUGUGGUUCCAUUUAUCCAACUUUGUAAUCACAGUUGCGAUCGCAAUGCUUAUCACUUUGUUGCCGAUGGACAAAGUGCAUUGAUUGCUGUACAGCCAAUAAAACAAGGCGAACAAAUUUACUGUUCCUUGGGGCCAGAGUAUAUUCAUGUAGAGACUAAGAAAAGAAGAGCAAUACUUCAUACUAUUUAUGACUUUCACUGCGAUUGUUAUGCUUGUAAACAUAAUUGGCAUCCUAAUUCUCGUCACCCGUCUUGCCUGGAACAAAACUUGUCUGAGAAGGCUAAAGAAACAAUUUUAAAAGCAAAACGAAUGAUUGAACAACAGAUUUAUCCGCCAGUAACAAGGCAUAUGACGGUUGAACAAAAAUCAGUACUUAAUCUUCCUAAAAGAAUUGCUUGCCUUAUUAAAUUCCUUAAUAUACUCGAUAAACAUUGCAAGUAUCCAAAUCUUGAACUUCUUACGAUCAAAUAUAUAUUAAUUGAUCAUUACCAUGUAGUCGAAGGUUACUAAUCUGCAUCAUUUUAUUAUUUUUCAUUAUCGUUACCAUUAUUCUAUUAAUUCAUUCUUUGAUUUAAAAAGUAUUAUCGUUUGUUAUGACGCUCAGUAUUUAACUCUUAAAUGAGAUAUUUAUUUUUUACACUUAAGUGACUGAUGAC